UACAGCCCGUUUCCGUUUGUCGUUGGGAAGCGGCUGAAUUUCUUGCUGCCUUUCAAGCUUUAACUUAUUUUUUUGUUUAGUUUGUCGCAUAUUUCCGCCGCCUCUGCUUCAUACUUUCGUGUCUACAUGUCAUUAACCGAGACUUAAAAAGUUGUCAUCGUCGUUGUACGAACUAUGAAGAGUUUCCGAGACCGUGAAGACACCAGAAAGUGACGAGAAGGCGGCAGUUAAAGCUUGUUAUGGUUUCACCCACUGACAGGUGAGGAACGUGGACGUGUCGAGGUGGAGUAUAUGAGAGAAAGCUCUACAAUGUGGACAGACAAGCAAAGGGGAAUCAGAGUUUCGAAGGAGGAGCUGCUCUGUAAGAACGCCUGUGGGUACUAUGGAAAUCCUGCAUGGCAAGGGUUCUGCUCCAAGUGCUGGAGAGAGAGAGCUCGUCCAGCCGGAGCCCCGAGACAAGACACAAGACCGAGCAAUGAUGGAACGCCACCCACCUUCUCCAAAUUUGAGGAGAAGAAAAACAUUGAGAAAGGUCGUCGAAUUAAUACCAUGAGGAGACUCUUCUGGGGCAGCCCAUCGCCUCCAAAACCUCAAGAGUCUGCUGAAAGUCGUGCAAAUGCGUUGAAGGCCUACCAGAGCCUUGAGCCUGGGGACUUCACCGGUUUCCUAAAGAUACUGCGGAGCCCUUCCUCCCAGCGCUUGCAAUCCCGCUGUACAGCUUUCCUCAACACAAUGGAGGCCUACCAUGCUCUGCCGGUACAGAAGCAGUCAGAGAUCGUGCAAGAUUUCUACCAGUCUUUUGCUGAACAUUUUCGUGGGUUGCCUGAGGCUCAGGUCACUCAGAUAAUGGAGCAUGUAGAGAAGUUAAUAAUGACACGCUUGCACAAAUGGGUUUUCUGCCAUGACAGCUGUGAUGAUGAACAGAAGGACCUUGUUCUCCAGAGAAGGAUACGUUCCUUAAAUUGGGUGACUCCACAGAUGCUGGGCGUCCCUUUUCCAGAGGAAAACACUUCAGUCACAGGCGACCCCUUUCUGCCGGCGAUAACAGCCAUAAUUGAAAUGGAUGCCAAACGAGCACCUCAAGACAAACUUGCGUGUGUGUCCAAAUGCAGCCAGCAUGUCUUCGAAGCUCUCUCUACGUCAAACAGUGAACCCGCUAAUGCUGACGACUUCCUGUCAGGCCUGAUUUAUGUGGUGCUGAAGGCCAAUCCACCUCGCCUGCACUCAAACAUGCAAUAUGUGAUUCGUUUUGGUCUCCCUCACAGUCUCAUGGCUGGAGAGAGCGGCUACUAUUUCACAAACUUGUCUUGUGCGGUGGCCUUCAUUGAAAAGCUGGAUGGGUCAGCACUCAACCUCAGUCCAGAAGAGUUUGAGGGCUACAUGCUGGGUCAGCGUGCUCCCUCUGCAAAAAACAAGAGACUGCAGGCUGCCAGUGACACACAGCACCUGUUAGAAGAGCUGAAAAACCGGCAGGAGAACCUGGACCAAGGGAUGGAUGCUCUCAGUGUGCAACUACAAAAGUGGGUUCAAACAGUUCAUUCACAACUGGAUGAGGCAACAACCCAGUUUGCUCUGGUGCAGAAGGAGAUAACGGCUCAAGUUGAACUCUCACAGAUGGUUUCAUCUUCAGCUCAGGAUGACAACGAGCAGUCAGUUCUGGUGCUGAAGGAUCAACGUGCAGGUCCAAAAGAUACAGAGUGUUAGAGCUAUUGCGAGAAACUCCUCAUCUGGUACUCGAUUCUCUUUAAUCAUCAGCACUAAUGUAUGAAAGCUGCAAGACAGAUAGGAUUUCUAUUCUAAUGCCACAUUUGCACAAGCUCCAACCAUAGAAGUAGGCAAAUUCUAAGCCAGUUAAAGAUGAAGGAAAACCUCCUGAAGGAUGCUUUUUUACAUUUCCUAACACAUGUCACGCAGUUUUUAAUGACUUUGCUAAAAAAUGAUUUGCACUUGUGUCCCAUUUGUGGAUUAAGGUCAAUAAAAUACAUUCCAAUUUAUAAUAACAAAUGUGAUUAAAAGUAACCGUUAAGCACUCAGGGUACACACAGCACUUAGGGACGUCAUGUAAAACUUAAGUGUGCUCAUGGAAUAACAUUUUUUUCUAAUAGUUUAUACCACUGUGCCUAUAUGUAGACUGAUGUGAAAUUUGAAAAAACGUGCUACAGGAGAAAAAGUUUAGAUGGCAGUUGUAAACCACUACAAGACAGAGGGUGUAUUUAUGAAGAACUGUUGUAUCUGAGCAGCGUAACUGUCCUCAACAUGUUGCUUUUACAGUCCAGUGCAAAAUUUGUAACAUGUUGCCAUUUUCUUAGUGUGCAGAAGCUGCACAUUGUUUACAACUGUUUAAUGGUCUGUAGGAAAAAUCAAAUUUAUUAUUCUGUGAUUAAUGAUUGUAUCCAAUAUUAUAUUAAAGUAAUUUGAUUCAGUUG